UUCUCGAUAAUUUCCUUUCCAUUUAGGGUAAGUACCAUAAAUACAGUAUAUCCCUCCACAGGGGUUAAGGCUAGGGUUUUUUUUCACCCCAAGUUCUCAAUUUUCUCUCUUAUCCUCUCUCUCUCCUCUCCAUUUCCGGUUAAUUGUCGCCAAUUCGAUACGCGCGUCAUCGAAAUUCUCUUACGGACCCAAAUUUCAGCAGUUUAUAUUGCAGUGUAAGCAUAUGAUUGCCCCGACAGUAUGGAUGAAGGAUUGGGCGACGAAGCAGCUGGAGUUGACUCUGUUGAUGGAAAAUGUCUUCUAGGCAAAGAUGUUAUGACGGGAUCUCAUGGAAUGGCGACACUCAAUGAGGGUCAAUAUCACCAUGGCUCAUCCCCGGGAUUUGCAGCUGUUUUAGAGGGUAAGAACCGAGAUAUAGGCGGUGACUCACAACAUCCAUAUGAUAGUCCUCAUUGUACAGAGGAUGCUGGGGUCAUGGUUGAAGAGUUAACACUGAGAAAUUAUAAUGGUGAAAACUUAGCUAUAGUGGGUACUUCCAAAAGUAGUGAGAUAUUGCAGACUUGGAAGAAUCAGUGGCAACAUUUGUAUCAAAUAGGAAGUGGUGUCUCCAGGGGUGAUACUCUUUUGAAGGACAAUGGUCAAUCUUCGUCAAAUGCCUGGGAGGAUGUUGGAUACACAGUUUUUUCAGAAUUGAUUCGUCAAAAACCACCAGAUGACGCUCAAAACGUGGAACAUUCACCGAAUGAUGAAAAUAAAGCUGUUGCAAGCAGUAUGUCACCACCUCCUGGAGGUAUCAGGACUAAAAUUCUUUCCAAUUCCGGGUUUUCUGAGUAUUUUGUCAAAAAUACUCUGAAAGGUAAGGGGGUUGUACUUAAGGGUCCAACUCGUGAAGGAUUUGGUGCGGAGAUUAAGGGCCCGACUAAUCCAAAAGCUGUCAGUACUGCUAAGGUAGCUUUUGAUGCACCAUUGAGUUCGAGUGCUAAAACGGUCGUGUCUCUUGCUUCUGGUGCUGGGCGUGGGGUGGGUCCUUCCCUCAAUGCUGUGAAUGGCGGAGUCAAUUUGAGAGAAUGGAUGAAAGCCAGGCACUAUGAGGCAAAUAAAGUUGCGAGGUUGUAUAUAUUUAGGCAGAUUGUAGAUUUUGUGGAUUUCUCUCACUCUCAAGGAGUUGCAUUGCAAGACUUGCGGCCAUCAUUCUUUAAGUUGUUGCCAUCAAAUCAGGUUAUAUACCUUGGAUCAACUGUCCAUCAAGAUACUGCAUUGAAUCUUACAGAUCAGGAUAACCUUUUCUCAGAGAAUGAUCGGGAUAAGAAAAGGCUGCCAGAACAGGCCCUGCAUCCCGCUGUUAGUCAAAUGGUAAAGAAGCAGAAGUUUGGGGAGAACCUGAACUUAAACAAACGGUGGUCUCAGUUUUCAUCAAGAUCUGGCUUUAAAGCUGCAACUGCUACUGAUACUGGUCUCAGUGUUGUUUUGCCUCAGGAUUCCUGGGAUGAUUUAAACGUUCAGCAUAACCUGAAAAGAGAACACAAAAGUGAGGGAAACUCCAGCAGCCCUCACGGGUCUAAUGAACUCCAACUGCGGUCUACUUGUACGAGUGAUCCAUUGGAAGAGAAGUGGUAUGCUAGUCCUGAGGAGCUUAAUGGGAGGGGAUGUACAUUUUCAUCGAAUAUCUAUGUUCUGGGUGUUCUUCUCUUUGAGUUGCUUGGCUUAUUUGACUCUGAAAGGGCACGUACUGCUGCCAUGUCAGAUCUGCAUCAUAGGAUUCUUCCUCCGAACUUCUUGUCAGAGAAUCCCAGAGAAGCUGGAUUUUGCCUUUGGCUUCUUCACCCUGAACCUUCAUCACGUCCAUCAGCAAGGGAAGUCCUGCAGUCUGGUGUUAUAAGUGGAAUUGUAGAAUCGUAUGGAGAUGAGUUGUCAUCAUCUUUGAGUGAAGAUGAUACGGAAUCAGACUUAUUAUUACAUUUUCUUCUCGCAUUGAAAGAGGAAAAGCAGAAGGAUGCCUUGAAGCUUGUAGAAGAAAUUAAGUGUCUCGAAACAGAUAUUGAAGAGGUAGAAAUACGGCAGCCAAAACAACCAUUAGUCCUUUCAGGCUCACCUAGCAAGCCCCUUCAUUCAAGGGGAAACAGGUUUCAAUACGGCGAACAUUCAAGUUUCGAGUUGCAUUCUAAGUUAACCUCCGGAGCUAAUUCUGAAAUGAGGUUGAUGAAGAACAUCAGUCAACUGGAAAGUGCGUACUUCUCCACAAGAUCCAGUAUUCAGCUUUCUGAAAGUGCUGCGGCCACACGCACUAAUAAGGAACUAUUGGAAGAUAGAGAUGGAGAUUAUCCGGCACCAAAGGAUGAAAAGAGGAAGAAGCCCAUGGAUCGUUUAGGAGCAUUCUUUGGCGGUUUGUGCAAGUAUGCUCGUUAUAGCAAGUUUGAAGUGCAUGGGGUAUUAAGGAAUGGAGAUCUUCAGAAUUCUGCAAAUGUAAUCUGCUCUUUAAGUUUUGAUCGAGACCAAGAGUAUUUUGCUGCUGCUGGAGUAUCUAAGAGGAUAAAAAUUUACGAUUUUCAAGCACUCUUUAAUAAAGCUGUUGAUAUCCAUUAUCCAGCUAUUGAGAUGUCGAACAAAUCAAGGCUCAGCUGCAUUUGCUGGAAUAGCUAUAUCAGGAACUACCUGGCUUCGACUGAUUACGAUGGAAUAGUCAAGCUAUGGGAUGCAGGAACUGGUCAAGGGUUUUCUCAAUACAUUGAGCACAGUAAAAGGGCUUGGUCUGUGGACUUUUCCCAAGUGGAUCCAAAAAAAUUAGCCAGUGGAAGUGAUGACUGUUCUGUGAAACUUUGGAACAUUAAUGAGAGAAAUAGUUUAUGCACAAUCAGGAACAUUGCAAAUAUCUGCUGUGUUCAGUUCUCUCCUUAUUCCAGUCAUUUAUUAGCUUUUGGCUCUGCUGAUUACAAAACCUACUGCUAUGAUCUUCGGAAUGUUUCGACCCCCUGGUGUAUACUGGAUGAGCAUGACAAAGCUGUUAGCUUCGUGAAGUUUUUAGACUCUGAAACUCUUGUUUCUGCAUCCACUGACAACACGCUGAAGCUAUGGGAUCUCAAUAAAACUAGUUCCACAGAUUUAUCAGCCACUAGCAUCUUAACCCUUAAAGGUCACACUAAUGAGAAGAAUUUUGUGGGGUUAUCUGUUGCUGAUGGAUACAUUGCUUGUGGUUCAGAGACAAAUGAGGUGUAUGCUUAUUAUAGAUCUCUGCCUAUGCCAAUCACCUCUUACAAGUUUGGUUCCAUUGAUUCUAUUUCUGGGAAGGAGACUGAUGAUAACAACGGACUGUUUGUUUCAAGUGUGUGCUGGAAAAAGAACUCAGACAUGCUUGUUGCUGCCAACUCCACCGGGUGCAUUAAAGUGCUUCAGAUGGUUUGAAGUUGUAAAAUCAUUCUCGAAACUGACAGAAUUCCUCUCCUUGAUGGCCUUUCUUUGCGGCUGCGAGUCUUCACCUAUCAGAUCUGACAAUACAAAUGAGUGCAGCUACUAACCAUUCAUGGGUGAUGGAACAACUGGAAGUCUCCUAGAUGCUGCAUAGUGUAAAGACAAAGGGCACAAACGGGAACUGAAUCUACAUCUAGUGAAGUGGGAAGCCAGCAGUUUCUGUGAAAAAUAUUCCAGCUUUGACUACUUCGGAUCUUAUGACACCACCACAGAAACAGUCUCAGAAACUGGAUCAUUGUGCUGUGGUUGUUAGAAGAUGCAUCAAUAACUGCUCUUCUGAACUCAUGCCAUCGAAGGUCAGUAAUAACAUCCUGAAAGUUGUGUCUCACUUGGUAAGUGAACUUUGCAGAGCAGUUGGCUGGCUGAAACUGAAGAUUGUAGUAUCGGUGUUGGGGCUUUGACAUAUUUGUGUGGUCCUUAAUUUUAAAUGGACCGGCAUUUGUUGCCGAGCUGUUUGUUUAUACCAAAACAUUUGCUUCCAAGCUGUUUGUCUUGAGGAAAGACUAACGAGCAUUAUUCUUUCUUGCCUUAUCCAGAUGUAUCUAAACAAGUAUAAAAAGAGUUCUGUAAGUUAUUGUAAAGUGGGCAGAUAUAUAGCAAUAUUCCACA